GAAACCUAUAAAACGAAAGUGAGCCCCGGUGAGGAUGUUUACCGUGAAGUGACAGCUGUGUUUUAAGGUCCACUGUGUCCAUUAAACCGAUCCGUGAAGCUGAGCAGGUCGAGUCUCAGAACACGGACCAACUCCGCGUCGUUUACUGAAGAAGAGGAAAUGAGUUCUUUUAGACGGUUACUGUUGGUAUUUUCCUCUAAGUGUGGUGACCACAGCCAUGUCGGAAUGAGAGGCCUACCCAAUGAGCAUCUGUCCUGCUGUGCCAACACGUUGCUGCAGACCCUUUCCGCUACCUGGGAAUUAGCAGACCUGCUGGAAAAGUGGGAACCGGCCGGUGUGCAAUCAGAGGGUGGUAAUGUCCCCCUCCAGCUGAAGCGACUCCUUGCGUCCAUGCGGAGCGACGACCCUCAGCCCGCCUCUAAUCGUGACUUCCUCCGAUGUCUGCACAGAAACCGCAUUCAGCUCAGCGUGCAGCAUGACGCUGAUGAGGUGUUCCUCUCCAUUCUGAACUUCAUGCAACAGCAGAUGGACAACAAAGCUCUGGCUGAUGAAAUCCAGAAUCUGUACAGGAUUUCAGUGGAGACCCAGCUGCAGUGUUUAUACUGCACCUCCAUCCAGACUCAUGGGAGCUUCUUGCUCAGCCUGCCUCUGCAUAUAAAGGAGGAUCACAACUCUCUGGAAGGCUGCAUGAAGUCCUUCUUUGAGCAACAGGAGCUAAAGGACAUGAACAGCUGCUACUGUACAAAGUGUGAAUGCAAGACUCCAUCCAAACAGGGUGUCAAACUCCUCUCCUUGCCUCCUAUCUUGUCCAUUCAACUCAAGCGAUAUCGGAACAUGCGUGGUUCCACCAGGAAGCUUGACUGCAAAGUCACUUUUCCCGAAAGCUUUAACUUCUCUGAGAUGGUUCCAGAAGCAUUUUCCGCAGGGUUUGCUCAGGAUGACUGCAGGUACACUUUGUAUGCAGUUGUGGUGCACGCUGGAUAUGCAGCGUUUGGGCACUAUACAGCCUACGUUCACAACGCGGUGAAGAACUGCUGGUACUACGCUGAUGACUGCAGUGUGCAGCCGACCUCUUGGGAAAAAGUGCGGAAAACAUACGGAGGACGUGACGGGGGCACAGCCUACAUGUUGAUGUACAGAAGAGGUUCAAGAGAGGACAGACAACAACCUGAUUUCUCUGGCUGAGAUGAUGGAUCCAAAUGAAUCAGCAGUCAUAUAGGAACAUGGGAGCUUUUGUUUUCUUGCACUAAUUCAUUGUAAUUGUUGAUUUUAUUGUACAUGGUGAAAAUCUUAUUUAUUAUAUGCCUUAUGUAUAUCAUUAUUAUUAUUAUUGAGCACUUUGAGAAUGUGACCCGACACAGUAAUUUGUGCCAAGGACCAGUAGGUGGCGUUCAAGACUCAAAGCAUGGAGUGUUUUCCACUCUGGGACCACACACACUGUCAGUGAGACUGGGGGGUGGGUUUGAAGAGAAGGCUUUGCUUAGAUAUUUACUGUUUUGGGGGAAUACCUGCAAUAGGAAUCAAUGUUCAGUUUACUUGACAGUCUAGGGCCAAAUCAUGAAAUAACUAGUUUCAAAUAACAAAAGCAAUAACAAAUCUGAUUUAAUGUGUUGUAUUUUCCUGCUACCUGCUUUAAUGCUAUUUUUAAAAACAUAUUCGAAAUGACAUGCAAUACUUUUUUUCAUGCAUUUGCUGAUGCACAAACCACAUCCAUGUCACACGUUGGUGUCGUACACACAUGCAGAAAACAAUGAGGGGGACCAUCUCACAAUAAAACCUACGCCAGAACGUUGCAGUUGCAGUCACGACGCGUAAAUGUUCGCCUCUAAAGCCUCUAACUGGGGCCUCUAAAGUUCCCACUCGUGUGGCCAAGAGUUGGGGGACCGUGUGAAAUGGUGCCUAUGUGCUGCAGAGCUGACAGAAUGGAACAUGUCUGCACAGUGCCAGAGGCAGCGGGCCUCAUGCUUAGUCAUCUCGAUGCCGUAUAGCACGGUACGCAGCUUUCUGUAUGGGGGUAUCUCCUUCCCACAUUCAGAGCACAGACCAGGGAUAGACGUCUGUGUCGUCUUGAUCUGAGUCAGCCAUUUUGCAUUGUGUUCAUGACGGGUGAUCAUAAGUCUUCUUCUGACUGGUGCAAAAGCUGACAUUGGAUAUAGUCCCAGAAGAGUAUUGUCCUACAAGUACCAUCAUGCACUGUUUUGGUCUGUAAUGUAACACUCAGAUAAUUGGUUUCAAGCUGCUAUAAUCAUUAUUAUUUUACAUAUAUUGACAAUAUAGGAAAUAAAGUGAGAAAUACUAA